AUGGCGCCGCUGGAUGUUGUGUCCCUGGACCUGCACGAGGAUUCUGCUCGACAAAGUGUCAUCGAGCUGCUGAUUUCUGCCUUUCAUGAAGACCCAGGUUUCAAAUGGGUGGUGGGCUCCGAGCAGGGAUCUGAUGGCCAGUACCUACGCUACGUCACCUGGGUUCUUCGCCUGGCGGCGCAUGUAGUGCCCGCUGUGGGCGGGAUGGCCUUGGGCGCGCUGUCCGAGGAGGCUUUGCUCGGAGUGGCUCUGCUGCUUCCACCCGGCGUCCAGCUCGAGGACGCAGGCCUGGGGAAGCUCAUAGGCCCAGAAGGUCCUGUGGGCAAUCCUCCCUUCAAGCCCAGCAAGGAGACCCAAAGCAAGGAACUGCUUGCUUGGGCACGGGCGGCCCGGCGCCGCGACCGAGCUUUCGGUCGCGCGGUGGGUGAGAUGCACCGCGCGGUCGCGUCCAUGCCGCGGCGUGGCUUCAG